UCCAAUCCACCAAAACUCAGAUCAACCUCAAUCUACUUUGUUUCCUUUAUACAUUUUAUUGACAAUCUGAGGAAAAACCAUGAAUAUUAAGAUAGAAAGCACCAGAAUCGUUAAACCUUUGUAUGAAGGCAAUCCUCCAAUAACCACAAGCCAUGUUCCUCUUAGUGUGUUUGAUAAGGCCUCCUUUGAUACUCAUAUUGGCAUUAUUUAUGCCUAUCGCCCACCCACCCCUUCGAAUAGCACAAUCGAGUUAGGGCUUAAAAAAGCGCUUGCAGUAUAUAGGGAGUGGGCAGGGAGAUUGGGAAAAGACGAGAAGGGCAACUCUGUUAUUUUGCUGAAUGACAAAGGCGUGAAGUUUGUAGAGGCGUCAGGUGACACCACUCUUGAUAAGGUAAUGCCUUUCAAGCCAUCUGCCUCUUUACUUAACCUUCACCCUAGUCUCAUGGGGGUGGCGGAGUUGAUCCAAGUCCAACUCACACGUUUCAAAUGCGGCUCUCUAGUGGUCGGAUUCACUAGCCAGCACCUUGUGGCGGAUGGCCACUCCACCAGCAAUUUCUUGGUUGCAUGGGGCAAAGCUUGUCGCGAGGUUAUGAUUCAGCCCUUACCAUUAUGCGACCGCACCAUUUUCAGCCCGAGAAAUCCACCCAGAAUCGAGUAUGACCACGUUGGGGCUGAAUACAUGCAUAAACAAAUAAAGAAAGACGAUGCAACAAUCUUGGACGACAUCAUGGUUCACAAAGUCCACUUCACCUUAGAGUUCCUAGCCAAGCUCAAGGCAAAGGCCUCCGCCAUGAACGGCGACGCCAAACCAUACAGCACCUUCGAAAGCCUCGCGGCUCAUCUAUGGCGAACCAUAACAAAGGCAAGAAACCUCGGAGGUUUCGAAACUACCCACAUAAGAAUCGCAGUUGAUGGUCGUGCACGCCUUAACCCCAAAGUUCCCAGCGAGUAUUUCGGGAACUUGGUUUUGUGGGCAUUUCCCACCACCAAGGUUAAAGACUUAUUGCGUGAGCCUCUUCCGUACGCAGCUAAGCUCAUCCACGAUGCCGUUUCGAAGGUCAACAACAACUACUUCAGAUCCUUCAUAGAUUUUGCAAAUUCCAAGGUGAUCGUUGAGGAAGAUGGUCUUGUUCCAACCGCUGACGUGGACAAGCUCAUUCUUUGCCCCAAUCUGGAGGUUGAUAGCUUGCUAAGGUUUCCAUUCUACGACUUAGAUUUUGGAACUGGGUGUCCGUACAUUUUCAUGCCGACAUUUUUGCCGGUAGAAGGAUUGAUGUUUUUUCUUCCUUCCUUCAUUGGAGAUGGAAGCAUUGAUGCUUUUAUUGCUUUGUUCGAAGACAACUUGGCUACCUUCAAGCAGAUUUGCUAUUCUCUUGAAUAAGGGGGCAUUUAUUUCAGUUAUAUAAUAUAAUAUAAUCAAGAGAAUAUGGCAUUUCAAAGCUCACAUUUUACUGUUUGGUU